CUGAGAGUUUGGUAUAUUUUACUGAACUAAGCACGGUCACUCUUAAAUAUUUGUACACAAUAAAAACCGGCUCGUUUUUUCGCUGAAAAAGGCAUUCUCCAAAAUGAUCACCGACGUGCAAUUGGCCAUUUUCUCCAACGUCCUCGGAGUAUUCCUCUUCCUGUUGGUGGUGGCCUAUCACUAUAUCAAUGCUAACACCGGAAAGCCCAGUGCUAAGGCAAAAUGAUCUGCGAUGUUUCCGCUAACAGACUAAUGUAGUUGUACCAGGAUAAUGAUAAUGCUGCUUCAUUCGCUAAAUAAAUAGUUGUAUCUGUAUACCUAA